AUGUGUUUUGUUAGGCGUGUGACCGCGGAGAAGUUUCCUCUAACGUUAACUUAGUUUAUUAAAAGUCUGUCGCGAAUAAACCCCGAAACGCUUCAAAUGUUACGCCUUCAUCUUUCUGGAUAUUAAACGAAGCUCCACUUGUCUCGUUUAAUUAUAGGUGAAAACUCUUCAUAGUACGAUGCGCUGCAGAAUGCAAAAGCCGCCUAUGAUGGGCUUUCUGCUGAUUCAGGCCGUUGCAAUGGUUCUUCUCGUUGGUUGGUACAACCGUCCACCAUCCCUAAACACAAGCCAAUCUGAGGGCAGGGUGCACGUUCUCCUGUUGUCAUCUUGGAGAUCUGGUUCCUCUUUCCUGGGCCAGGCAUUCAGUCAGCAUCCAGACGUCUUCUAUUUAAUGGAGCCAGGAUGGCACGUCUGGACGUCUAUAAAGAAAGCCGGUGCACGUGGCUUGCGGAUGGCAGUGCGCGAUGUCUUGCGCAGCAUCUUCCAUUGCGACAUGUCUGUAAUGGAUUCUUACAUGCCUCAGGAGCGAAACGUCUCGAACCUCUUCAUGUGGAGCCACAGUCGCGCGCUCUGCUCGCCCCCGGCGUGUCCUUUUACACCUCGCGGCGAAAUGAGCAACGAACCAGAAUGCAAGAAGCACUGCGACACGCGUGGAUUGAAAUUAGCAGAGACGGCGUGUCGGACAUACAGCCACGUGGUGUUAAAAGAGGUGCGCUUCAACGAGUUGGAGUCUCUUUAUCCGCUUCUGCGGGACCCCGAACUUGACCUGCGGAUCAUCCAUCUGGUUCGCGACCCGCGAGCUGUGUUUCGAUCGAGGGAGCAGUCGUCCAAAGCCCUGGCAAGUGAUACGGCCAUAGUACUAGAGCAGGCCAACAUCUCAGAACAAGACCAGCAGUACAACGUCAUGCAAGAGGUUUGCCGAAGUCACGUGCAAAUUUAUGAGACGGCCAUGUUCAAGCCGCCAGAUUUCUUGCGGGGUCGCUACAAAAUGAUACGUUAUGAAGAUCUGGUGCGUGACACGCUGACGGAGAUCGAGUCCAUUUACCAGUUCGUCGGACUCCAGGAGACCGAAAUGUUGGAGGAAUGGAUCUACCGCAUCACUCACGGUAAAGGUAAAGGAACAAAAACGGAUGCCUUUAAAAUCACUUCGCGAAACGCGGAGGAUGUCUCCUUGGCUUGGCGGACCACCUUAGAGUUUGAGAAAGUUCAGCGCAUCCAAGAGGUGUGCAAAAGAGCCAUGUCCAUGCUCGGAUAUAUCGCCGUGGAUAGUGAGAAAGAGCAAAAACUGCUGGAUUUGGACCUGUUGAAGCCACGGGAACACUACCAGUUCGGUUGGCUGCCCUCUAAAACCACAACCACUAAUGUAUAGAGCUGCACAAGUGAUUGAAAUGAAAUGUUUGGAGUUUGUGUUCAUCAGUUUGGUUCUUACGCUUCAGUGUGAAAACCGACCUUAGAGUUGGGAUACAUCGGUUAAAACGGACAAUAGACAUGAAGCCACUUGAAGUUUUUUAUUUGUUUUAUUUUGGAGGAAAUUAUAGUGAAGUUAAUAACUUUUUAAUGUGUUUUUGUUUACAAAGUCAUUUUGCUGUUAUUGUGUUUGUUUGUCAAAAAAUCUUUAGAUUUCUCUUUUGGUUUCAUGAUAAACACAUCUGAAGUGCAUUUCCCAUCCUACAACAAAUGUCACUCCAACUGUAUUUACCACAAACUGCGACAGCAUUAAGAUGAAUGUUAGCAUCCUUAUGUCUACACUACUGUCAAAAAUUCUGAAUCACUUAAAAAGUUCUCACCAUCUUUAAGACCCAUUUGAUCUGAUGGUGUUUGCCUUUGUUUAAAAUAAGUUUGAAAGACAACAAUAUGGCUCGGACUGAAUGAUGAAAAAGCAUCAGAUUAAAACUUUUUCACUUAAAUACAAUGCAUUUUAGCAAAUUGUAGGUCAAGGCUAACACAUUUGUGUUAUUCCAUAAUUUUAAUGAGAUGAGAUACUAAUAAUAAAAGUCAGUGGCAGCCGGUGACUUUUUCAAGGGUGCAUGACGCAAAUGAUGCGUGUGCACCAGGCAAGUAUUUUGACAUGACGCACGAUGCACAUAGCUUCACAUGACGCACCAAACACAUAUUUUGACAUGACAAGCCACACACACACAACGCAAGGAACACAAAUUUUUGACAUGACAUGACAUACCACACACACACACACAACACAACAAAAACACAUUUUGACAUGACGCAUGAUGCACAUUGCUUCACAUGACGCACCAAACACAUUUUGACAUGGCGAGCCACACACACACACACACACAACGGAACAAAAACACAUUUUGGCAUGAUGCACAUUGCUUCAUAUGACGCACCAAACACACAUUUUGACAUGACGUGCCACACACACACACGAUGCAACGAAAACACAUUUUGACAUGACAUGCCACACAUACACGCACACACGUGACACACUGAAAGCAUUUUUUAUAUGCUGAGCCACACAUGACGAACGACACACCAAAUGCAUAUUUUGACGUGACGUGCCACACACCCACACGACGCAAGGAACACACAUUUUGACAUGACGCAUGAUGCACAUAGCUUCACUUGACGCACCAAACACAUAUUUUGACAUGACGAGCCACACACAACGCACUGAAAGCAUUUGUUAUAUGCUGAGCCACACAUGACGAACGACACAUCGAACACACAUUUUGACAUGAUGUGCCACACACACACACACACACACACACACACACACACGACGCAAGGAACACACAGUUUGAUAUGACGUGCUACACACACAACGCAAGGCACACACAUUUUGACAUGAUGUGCCACACACACACACGAGGCAAGGAACACACAUUUUGAGUAAAUGAAUGAGUAUGUGCAAUUUCCCCAAAUGAUUACAACUAAAUGAGUUCCAACUCUGCAAAAACUUUAAACUUGACUCAUCCAGUCAGAUGUUUAAAAGUGUAAAACCCUCUCAGUAGGUGUAUCAUUGUAGGUCUAUUGGACUUUAAUCCAUAUGAUUUUUGUCAGUGAAGCAAAGCAAGAAUUUGCAUUUAAUUCAGCAGACACAUAAAACAAACUUGAAGCAAACACCUGGCAAAGCAUCGCUAGGGACAAAACACAUCAUUUGGUGAUGAUUUCAGGUUCCAGACCAUUUACUGCAAAAGAAAAGUGUUAAAAUAAGCUUUUAAACAAUUACUUUUAGUUAUUUUUUGGGUGGUUCACGUUGAAAGUCUGCACUUGGGUGUUUCAUUUCCACUGUUGUGUUUUCACAUGCCAAAACUCUGAGAAAGAAUGGAGAUGUGUUAAACUUAUAGUAGUUAUAGUCUUAUAGUUACUUCUUUUCAGAAUGUACAGUAUAUGGAGACUUACUUUAACACUCCAGCUAGGCCCCAAAUUCAAGACAAACCUAAACAUUAUAACAUGCAGUGACAUUGUAAACAUUUUACCCUUCUUUACUCUAGUAUAAACAAUGCACAGGCAGAUGCACUAAACUUGAGAGAGAAGGAGUGAAAGAGAGAGAAUGAGGUAUACAUGUGUGUGUAUAAAUACUAGAAUCAACUGUAUUUGUUUUAUAUGUCUGAAAAUCUUUUCUACGGUACACAUCUGCAUCAGAAUUUAGUCUUUAGGUAUAGGCUAUCUUCAUGUUAAAUUUUGUAUGUUUGUUGAAUAGAGUAAAAACUUAUCCAAUAUCUAAUCUGUGAAUUAAAACCUCUUUUGUGUUCAUAGCAUGCAUACAAAAACUACUGUGAUUUUUGAUUUUAUGUUUUAUUAUUAGACAAUAAAAUGAACCACCACAUGAAAAAUACAACAGCCCCAAAUAGUAUUUAAAUGCUUAAGCAAGAAACCAGACAGUUCAUUUUUCAGUAAAAACAUUUUACCACAGGCAAUUUUAAUUCAAUGGAAUGUAUACAUUUGAUCAUUAUGGGAUUUAACCCUCAUAAGCCCCUAUUUUCCUGUAUACAUUAGAGAUCCCUGGGGGUAAAAAUGACCCCAGAAAUUAAAAGGGUGAUUAUUACAAAAAUAUAUACAUUUUUAAUGAUACAAAUAAUAUAUCAUUUUUUGUUUACUUCCCAUCUAUACAAUGAUGCUGUGUUUUGGGAGAUAUGAAGUACUUUUGUACCUGUUUACCACUCAAUUCCUCAACUACACCAUUAGCUCUCCUGAAAAAUAUCACAUUUGUAUGAAAAAUUCACAUAAAUUAUGAUAUAAAUUUGAUUUAAACUGUUUUUAGAUAUUAUAUAAAUCAUUUUGACCAGCAGAUGCCCAUAGAGACACAUUCAUUUCACUGUGUGUGGCCAACUGCUCAACAUCAAUACUUUAGUGAAACAUUUUGUGAAUUUAUGUUUUUAUAAACAUUAGAAAGGACAUUAAAAAUAAAUAUUAUUUCAAAUAGAA